CUGUGAUGACCAGUGCUACUGCGCAUGCGUCAGAAGUCCUUCAAUCUGAGAACACUGCUGUGAGGUUAUAUUUUGUUACGAAAUAAUAUAUUACAGUAUCAAAUAAAAUACGACAAGAUGUCUGAAGACGAAGUGGAAAGCUUUGAAAUCACCGAUUAUGAUUUGGAUAAUGAAUUCAACAUAGCUCGUCCUCGACGCAAACUCUCAAAGAAACAACAAAUGCUAGGAAUCUGGGCAGAUGACAGUGAUGAUGAUGAUGUGUCUGCCAGACCAUCUUUCAAAACUUAUAAUAAGGGCCCUAAGAAUUAUACUGCACCAAUUAAUUUUGUCGCGGGUGGUAUUCAGCAAGCAGGAAAACCAAAAGAGAAAGAAGAGAAAGAAGAUGAAGAUGAUGAAGAGGAAAUGGGAGAACCUCAAACAAAGCAUAGUAGCUCAAGUUCAGAAGAUGAGGGGCCAAGAUCACGACCAUCCUUCUCCUUGAAUUCAGAUAACGAUAUCGCAGGUUUGCGACAAAAGCACAAUCAAGUAAAUCCGUUAUUGAUGAAAGGAGAUAUAGGUAAAUGGCAGAAGCAUACUAAAGCCAUUGGCCUUAAAAUAAUGCUACAGUAUGGAUUUGAGGUUGAUAAAGGCUUAGGUAAAGAUUUACAAGGAAUAAAUAUGCCGAUAGAGGCACAAAUCAGAAAAGGAAGAGGCGCAAUCGGUGCAUACGGUCCAGAAAAGACGCCGAAAGUUCCUGAGAAAAAGAAAGAUGACGAUACGGAUGAAACAAAAGACUCAAAGUCUAAGGUAUCUCAAUGGCGGAAGGGUAAUAAUACCAAGAAGAAAAUCAGAUAUUAUUAUAGAAGUGUAGAUGAAGUUUUGGAAGAUGGAAAAUUAAAGCCUAAUAGAAAAAGAACAGUUCCACUAUCUAAUGAUAUGACUAGAGUUAAAGUUAUCGACAUGACAGGGCCUGAUACAAGAAUUCUCAGUGGAUACCAUGCAAUUGGUGGUCAGCAAUGUCCCGAUGAGACCGUAAUUACAUCCGAUAAAAAAUCUAAAGUAAACUUUGCCCUACCCCAAUUACAGCACAAUUUGAAUUCACUUGUGGAAAUGUGCGAGCAAGACAUUAUUCAAAAUGAUCGGCGAAUGAGACAUUUGAAUGAUAGAAUGAUAGCUUUAGAAGCGGAAAAAAGGAAUUUGUCCAAAGUUGUGGAGCAACAUGGUCAAUUAAUUGGCACCUUGGAGAAUGUGCUCGCGAUUGUGGACAGAUUGAUGAACGAGACAAACGAAUUGUCGCUGCAAGAGACUGCGGAGGCUUUCAAAACUUUACAGGAUAAUUAUUAUGAAGAAUAUAAGAUGUAUGAGCUUGGCGAAUUGGCCAGCAGUUUCGUGGCGCCAAAGAUAAAAGAUUGCCUAGUCAACUGGAAUCCAUUAAUGCAACCAAAACAGCCAAUUAAGUUAUUUGAACAGUGGAAGGGUAUCUUGGAGAAUGGAACUAGUUCAACACUCCAGUCACGAACUAUGCAGUCGUACGAUCAACUAGUAUGGGAUGCGUGGAUGCCGUCUAUUAGAGGAGCUAUACAACACUGGACAUGUAGGCAGCCUGAGCCUUUGAUUGAACUAAUAGAAUCCUGGAUGCCAUUACUACCUAAUUGGAUCUUAGAAAAUUAUAUAUUAGACUUAUUAAUAUUACCAAAAUUAACAUUGGAGGUGGAAGAAUGGAAUCCUCUUACUGAUACUGUACCUAUUCACACAUGGAUUCAUCCUUGGUUGCCAUUAUUACGAAAUCGUUUAGAUACCUUGAUUUAUCCAAUAAUACGUAGAAAACUUGGAUCUGCAUUAGGAGGUUGGCAUCCAUCAGACAGAUCCGCUAGACUAAUGUUGCAGCCUUGGGCAGAUGUGUUUGCCAAGGGAGAUAUGGAAGCGUUCUUAGUCAAGAAUAUUAUUCCGAAAUUGCAAAUAGCCUUAUCCGAGUUUCUUAUAAAUCCACAUCAGCAACACUUGGAUCAAUGGAAUUGGGUGUAUGAGUGGAAGGAAUUAAUCCCCAUUCACAUCAUGGCAGGUUUGCUUGAUAAAUUUUUCUUUCCAAAAUGGCUACAAGCUUUGGCGUUUUGGCUCAAUCAUUCGCCUAAUUAUGAUCAAGUUACAAGUUGGUACAUGGGAUGGAAAGGGAUGUUAAGUGAUAAGUUAUUGGCUGAACCAUUAAUAAAAGAGCACUUCAAGAAAGCAUUAGAUAUGAUGAAUAGGGCCGUCAAUGGGCCACAAACUCAUCAACCUGGUGCGCUAGAACAAGUUUCGUACUUAACGAGCUUAGAGAGAACUCAGCCAGCGAUGUCACAGAUGGCACCGAAUGCGCAACCAAGAAUGGAAAGACUCGCAGAGGCAGUGCGAACAGCCUCUCAAAUUCCACAGGGUUUCAAAGAUUUUGUACAAAAAAAGUGCGAAGAGAGAGGUAUAUUAUUUAUGCCGAUUCCAAACAGAUACAAAGAGGCCAAGCAGGUGUACAAAAUCGGCAAUGUUCAGGCGUACAUCGACAGCAACGUCUUAUUUGUGUGCCAUAAUGGCACAAAUUGGUUACCAACGCAUGUAAAUGCCUUGCUAGAUAUGUGUGAACUUUAAUAUUUGACUUACUGAUACAAUUGUAAAAAAUUUAGUAUUAUAUUUAUGUUUUAAAUAUAUUUUAAGAUAUUUCUCCUGGA